GCGGGAGGGAGGUUUUCAUAGGGACUAUGGGGUGAGGGGAAAUAGGUUAAACGCUGCUUUCCCCUUCGCUGUGGUGUCACUUUUGAUUGGGAUGCCUGAAUGUUGUAGUUUAGACAAGAAAAUGAUGUAAAACCAAUUCUUUUUAAAAAGGGAAGGGUUAAAGACGUAGAGUAUAAAGGGACGGAUGAAUAGGCAACAGAAAAGGAAAUGGCUACAGCAGUUAAUAUAGGCCAAAAUAGUUUAGGAGCAACACCGCUAUUUUUUACUGCAACUACUUGUGUUCUUAUCCCCUCUCCCUUUAUACAAAGACCGAAACAUACAAGUUCCGUUUUAUUAUCGCCGCGCUUGCUCAGCUUGAUUGGCACUCGUUAGAAAACGGCGAGAAAGGCGGGAAGAAAUUGAGGGACAGGACUGCGUGCCAAUAAAGUGCUUCGUUGUAGCAGUGAGACGCGACAGGAGUCUAACCGAGUGAUUCGUUAGCUUCGUAAGCCUGUUAUUGGCUGAGCGGGAACAGGGGUAGGACCGGGAGGAAGAACGCGCGCCGGCCUAGGAGGGCGUGAAGCAGUCGGAGCGAUGGCUGACGAGAUCAGCAAAGCGCAGGUGGCCCAGCCGGGCGGGGAUACCAUCUUUAGCAAAAUCAUCCGCAAAGAAAUCCCGGCAAAGAUCAUCUUCGAGGACGAGAAGUGCCUUGCGUUCCAUGACAUUUCCCCACAAGCACCAACGCAUUUCUUAGUGGUCCCCAAGAAGCCUAUCGCUCAGUUAUCUCAAGUGCAAGAUUCUGAUGAAACUCUUCUCGGACACUUAAUUAUUGUGGGCAAGAAAUGUGCAGCUGAAUUAGGCUUGACUAGGGGAUACCGAAUGGUGGUGAAUGAAGGGCCAGAUGGUGGUCAGUCUGUCUACCAUGUACAUCUUCAUGUUCUUGGUGGCCGCCAGUUAGCUUGGCCUCCAGGUUAAGAAGGUGCAGAAGAAAGAAUAUUGCCCCCAAACAAUAUAUUGAACGUAGUGAACAACUGUUUCAAAAUCCAGUCAGGAUCAGUAACUUCAGUUACUUCGCUUUCUUGUGGAGUACAAUAAAAGUUUGUGCAACAAUUGUCCAAUAAAGUUGCAAGUAUGUUGACUCA